AUGGACUUUCUAGAUCUUGAAAAUGGCAAUGAAUUGGACUUGAACUUGGAACAGUUGGGCAGGCCAAAUAUGGGAUCUUCUGUCGAUCCUUUCAGCCUAUUGGACCAACCGCCCCAGCUCAAACAGCUACCUCAACAACAACAACAACCUCCACCACCACCUCCUCAACAACAACAAGUGGGGCCUCCGCUAUUAAAACAAAACCUAGUUGGAGCACCUGAGAUGCCAAUAAUGUCGCCCCAGCAAACCCAACAUCAGCUGCCCCAGUUCACUAAUCGCCAAAUGAUGCCAAAUACAAUGGGCGUUAACAUCGGUCUUAACAUGAACCCUAUGGGCAUGGGAAUGGCCGGUACAAAUGGUGCUAGUGCCCAUCUGAACCCUCACAUGGCCCAGCCAAAUAGAAUGAAUAACACACCAAAUGCCAAUCCAGUGUCGGUUAUGAAUGCUGCCACCGCAGCGAUAACCAACUCUAAUCUCGCCAAGCCAAAUAAUGGAAUGGUCAAUGUCGCUAACUUAUCACCCCAACAAUUGAAUUCUUUGAAGGCUCGCCAAACAUAUUCCAAUCUUCAUAGACAACAGGAACAACAGUUGGCAAUGAUGCAGCAACAGCAGUAUCAACAGCAGUUUCAGCAGAUGCAACAACAACAGAUGCAACAACAGAUGCAACAACAACAACACCAAUCUCUACAACAUCAAAACCAUGCUCAUCCUCAGCACCCGCAACAUUAUCAGCAUCCACAACAGUUACAACAUCCACAGCAAUUGCAACAGCAGCUUCCACAGCAAUUGCAACAACUGCAUCCGCAACAACUACAGGACCCUCAACAACUUCAACAGCAACAAUUGCAACAACAACAGCUUCAACAACAACAGCUUCAACAGCAACAACUACAGCAGCAGCAGCAGCAGCUCCAACAACAUCCACAACAGCUUCAACAACAACAUUCACAACAGUUACAACAGCUACAACAUACACAGCAAAAUAGACAAUCUCAGCAACAAAUUGGAUUAGGCCAAAUGAAUCCAAACCUCACCCUUCAAAGUCAAGCUAUGUAUCGUCAAUUGAUGAGUAGACAGCAACAACAACAGCAACAACAGCAGCAGCAACAACAACAACAACAACAACAACAACCAAAUAUGAUACAACGUCAAAUGAUACCUCAAAACCUGCCACAAAUGCAAAAGUUUCAACAACUUCAACAACAGCAGCAGCAACAUCAACAACAUCAACAUCAACAAAAACAGCAGCAGCAGCAACAACAACAAUCUCAACAAGCGCAACAACAACAACAACAAAAACAGCAACAAUCUCAACAAGCGCAACAAUCGCCACAGCUUCAGCAAGCCCCCCAACUCCAGCAGGCACAAAAAACUCAAUCUGUGAAAAAUAAAGCACAGCAGGUAAUGCAACAGCUGCCAACAAUUCAGUCACCUCAGUCGUUAAUACCCGAUCAACAAACACAAGUGGCCUUCUUACCAAAACAAAAACAAGCAUUUGGCAAUAAAAUAGGUAAUCAACAACAGCAUCAGGUCAUGCAGCAGCUUAAAGCUCAAUCGCCUGUGGUACAACAACCACAAUCACAGCAGCAGGCCCCAAUGCCCCACCCACAUUCAGUUCUUCAACCAGGUCAAUUACCAACUCUGAUUUCGCAGUCGGAUCAAAAUAAUCAGCUAGGCAUAGCCCAGUCAUAUGUUGGAUCAGGUCUGCCUGCAGUCAAUAAUAAUCGUAGUCCAGUUUUUACUCCCCCAAUGUCUACUAAGUCUAAUAAUGAAAGUCCAAUGAAUUCAGCGCACACCCCGAAACGCGUUUCAAUAAGUGUGCACAAUACUCCGAGAAAUCCACUGGCCCAAUUGAAAAAUGAUACAAAAGAUAUGCCAGGAACCUCUACCGCAGCAAGAGUAGCAAAGAUUAAGUCCAAGGAUACCAAGAGAAAUCUGAAUGUCAUGAAUACUAAUCUUAAUGCUAAAAUUGAUGUGGAUGACACUAUCGUUAAGAAUAAUCUUAAGAAUAUUACUAAUUUGCGGGUCAAAAGUAAUGACGAUAAAUCAAUUCCUAUGGGGUUAUCGGGACCUCCAUCAUCAUCAAGUCAAACAAAUUCUUAUCCGCUCACUAAUCUGAUGAAUAGUAUUAGUAGUGUUGAAAGGUUGAUGCUUUUUAGGAAAUUAUUUGCGCAGUCUGCAAAGGCGAGGUUAUUGAGCUUUGUUAAUCUGAUGACUAGUCAAAAAUUACCAUUCAAUAAUAAUGCCUCCAACGCUGGUAGUCCUACAUUGACUUUCAGACAUUUACAAUAUUGGGAAGCGGUAGUGGGGAAGUAUUUCAAUCCUAGGGGGUCGAUCUUGAAAUACGCCGAUGUUCUGGAGCCCAUGAAGAAUAAUUACAAUAAUGAAGCCAACCCACUUGAGUUUCAGUAUCCGGUCAUCUCAAAGUUCUUUCACACAUUGAUCAAAGAUGGGGUUCAAAAAAUUGAUGCAACUUUCAAGAAUGUUCAAACGCAUUUUGCUAAUAAUCUGGGCAAUCAACGGAUUGAUGAUAAUCCCCAACAGGUGUUCUUGCAAUGUAAUGGAGAAAUUUUGAGAAAGUAUAUUGAUGGUUCAAACAUUUCUUUCAAUUGUGUAAUGAGGGUCAGAAUUAGUUGUCCACCAAUUGGCAGUUUAGAUGGUAAUCCUAUUAUGAAUGCUUUGAAUUCGGCAAAUGAGGAAAACUUGAAGAUUGAUAUCAUGGACUUACAGAAUUUGGGGUGUACUAGAUCGAUCGAUUACGAUCAAAUAGAACAGUUUGUUAAGAAUAACAAUCAAGAAGAUAUUGCCAAAGGGAUGGCAGAAAACUUUCUCUGUGCACGGGCUGUGGGUCCAUUUGGAUUACUGUCAUCGGCGAUGGCGGCGUUGCAAACUAUGGACGUAAUGACCCUGUUGAAGCCAUUGAUGGAUUUUCAAGUAAAUACAAAAGUUGCCUCCCCUAUUCAAGCAUUUGAUUCUCUUUUACAACAAUACCAAAAUGUCAAUAGGUCACAGAUGCCACAAAAAGGACCGCCACAAAAAACAAGGAAAUUUUCCAUGCAGAUGACGCCUGCAGAUGCGUUUGGAAGUUCCAGUGGGAUUGGUAAUGAUGAUAAUGAUAGUAACGAUAAUGAUAAUAAUGAUAGUAAUGAUAAUGAUAAUGAUGAUGACGAUAAUAAUAAUAAUAAUGAUAAUGAUAGUAAUAGCAACUAUGAGAAUUAUGCUAACUAUAAUAAUAGUGUUUACAAACGUGGUUACGAUCGCAUGGGAAAGAAUGAUGGAGGCAUCAGUCCUAAGUCAAUGAAUGUGGGGACAGUGCGGCCGCCAUUGAAGCCUAACAAGAAGUCUAAACAUUAG